AUGAAGGAGCAGAGAGCAACACAGUUGCAACAAGGACAGAGCAAUAAGAUUAUGGCUAAGUCUGUAACAAUAAGGGGGCUGCCCCAGGUGCUUGUGAUAUGGGCAGCCGCCGCUGAAGGGAGCGCUCCACUAGGCCGCUUCACUAAGGAAAAGCAACCCAACCCAACCUACCCAGGAAAAGCCUGUUCGCUCCUCCAGCAAGACCUGCGACCUCUACACCCUACAAUCUUGGCUGUCCCUCUCAAAAGCAGCAUUAUCUUCAAAGACAAUAAAAACCAACAGCUAACAUUGGUGCGGACACCAGCAACCAAUGUGAGACAGGAUCCCAGCAUCCGUACCUAUAGACUCCAAUAAUCCAUCUCACUGAACACCAGGCUACAGGACUGCUAUGUGAGGUCCACCAACAUCUGUGCAGCCAGAAUAGGUGCAAAGCAGAUUAGCAUCCAGCACCAGGUACCAGCUCAACACUGGGAAGUAGUAAAGAGCCAGUUAAUUGCCAAUUCAUUCUCUCUGGCCAAGGUCGUGCUUAGAGAACUUGGCAACCAGAAGCCUGACCUGAUGAGUCCAGUUCUGUCACUUUAUGGUGGUCAUCAGAACUCAGAAAAGUUCAAAGGAGAAAAAGUAACAGUCAGCCAAGAUCUUAAGGACAGAUAUGCCAAGCAUGCAGCUACUACCCAAGUGUUGUCCAGGGAGAGUGGGACGACAGCCUGGAAGGGCCGGACACUGCUUCCUGAAACCCAAGAGGAACAGCAGUUGGAGGUCAUGCCAACCAUCCAUGGCAUUCUCACUGAGGGUUACCAGGCUCUGUACCACACUGUGGUAGAGUCCAUGCUGUGAGAUCCUUCUGGAAGCCCCAAGAGGUACAGCUUAGAGCUAGGCAACGCCAUUAAACAAAAGCUCUGCGGAGCUUUGCAGUCAGCUGUCACAAGGAGUGCAUGGAGGGGCCUGAAGCUGGGAUGGAAUAUGGCUGCUGCCACCAAGAAAUGGCCCAAGCUAGGAUAA